CGGGCCGGGCCGCGGCCGGCGGCGCCCGGAGUUAGUUGUUGCGCGCGGGCGCGGCGGUCGCAGCCCGUCCCGGGAGUCGUUUCCUCGUCGGGGCCCGGCGACAGCCGGCCCGUGACGAAACCUUGUCAGUGUAGCUGCUGCUGCUGCACCCUGCCUCUCGUCGCCCGCCCCUCGUCGCCUGCCCGUGGGAGGUACCGCGGGCCCGGGGAGCCCCUCGCCAGAAAAUGUUGCUGUCCUGACCAGCAGUCGUGAAGAGAAGGGAGUGAAGAAAAUUUGUCUGGAGAAGUAGCAAGUCUUGACAUUUUCAUUGGGAUUUAUUACCAGUAGCCACUGAAGGUUUUGCAAAGCCAAUCGUUGACACUGGAACGGAUGACGUGCCUCAGACUUAAGAGGUGGAUGUGCUGCAGUUUGAAAGUUGAAUCUGUUCAGAGGGAUCAGGAGAACAACAGAGCCAGCACAAGGGAAGCGGUGAGGCUACAUGAAGAAUGACCACUGCUCAAAACAGUAGCCAUACGAAGUGCACAGAGUGGAAACACGUGGAUUACAUUCCUACCAUGCACUGAACGGCACAGCCCCAAGCGCAGAGCUCUGGGAAAAUGUCUGCUUGCAACACUUUCACUGAGCACGUCUGGAAACCUGGUGAAUGUAAGAACUGCUUCAAGCCCAAAAGCUUGCAUCAGUUACCUCCAGUAUCUGAAAAAAAGCCCCUCUCGCAUGGAAACCUGAAACCCAAUGCAAACCAAAGUAACAGCCAUCGUGGAAGAAAUACAGGAAGCUUCCGACCCCCCGUGGCAAAGAAACCCACCAUAGCUGUGAAACCCACCAUGAUGGUGGUAGACGGGCAGGGCGUGUGUGGCGAAAUCAGCGCACCAGAUCUGUGUGAGAACAAGGCGGUGCCCGUGGGUUGGAACCGGAACAAAGCCAUCUUGAACAGAAAACCACUGAACAAUAAUAAUGAGGAGGAAAUUGAAGGCUAUAGCCAUGUUCACAGGCCGUAUGGCAACAACGAUGGUGUAGGUAAGAUACCAAAUAACAAUAGUAAUGGACUGACAGACGUUUUGAAGGAGAUUGCAGGUUUGGAUACCACUCCUCAGCUAACCGGACAUGAAACGAACUCCAGAGAAAACUUCUUGGGAAGAAUAAAUAACUGCUACAAAAGAUCGUUAGAAAGGAAGAUUCCUCCAAGCUGCAUGAUGGGUGGAAUGAAGGAUUCACAGAGUAAGCAUGUUAUUCUGAGUGGAAGCACUGAAGUCAUAAGUAAUGAAGGUGGACGUUUCUGUUAUCCGGAGUUCUCUAGCGGAGAUGAGAGUGAGGAUGACACGUUUUUUGGCAGCAUGCAGGAAGAGCAUGAGAGCUGGGAUGAAAGUGAUGAAGAGUUGCUAGCAAUGGAGAUUCGUAUGAGGGGCCAACCCCGCUUCGCUAAUUUUAGAGCUAACACCCUGUCUCCUGUUCAGUUCUGUGUUGACAAAAAGUGGAAUACUGUGCCCCUCAGAAACAAGUCCCUCCAGAGGAUCUGUGCAGUGGAUUAUGAUGACAGUUAUGAUGAAAUCUUAAACGGCUAUGGGGAAGAGACUGUGAUUCUUUAUGGGCAAGAGAGCAUGCAGAGCAUGGUAUCUUCUGAUUCUACAUCUCCUGAUUCUUCUUUGACAGAAGAGUCUCGCUCUGGAACAGCCAGCAGCUCUUCACAGAAGUUCUGUAAUGGAGGGUUAUCUCCUAGUACUCCUCAGGAUCUCAAAUUGAUUGAACCAGAGUAUGAAACUCUUUGUGAUAACCAACAAGUGAAGGAUGUGUCAAAAGCUCCCAGAAAUGUUCCAAAAAGUCUCGAAACUCACAAGGCAGUGCUUGCACUUCGACUGGAAGAGAAGGACGGCAAAAUUGCUGUGCAAACUGAUAAGCAAGAGAAUAAAAGUUCUUCUGAUGUUGCUGGUCAAGCUGUAACCAUAAAUUUGGUGCCUGUGGAAGAGCAAGCUAAACCUUACAGGGUGGUGAAUAUGGAACAACCAGUUUGCAAGCCAUAUACCGUAGUAGAUGUAUCAGCUGCAAUGACCAAUGAAUGUAUGGAGAAUCCAACUGAAACCUCAGAAACCAGAAAAACAUCAUCUACCCCAAGCUCACCAGUAACUCCAGGCACACCUAUUGCAUCCUCUGCUGCCUCACCCGUACAAGUAAAUGCUAAUCUGAAAAAAUCCAGUGCAAUUAGGUAUCAAGAAGUGUGGACUUCUAGUACUAGUCCGAGACAGAAGAUACCUAAGGUGGAGUUAAUUAAUAACAGCUCAGGACCAUCAGUUCCUCCCAGGAAGACAAGCCACAAGUCAGCUCCUACUUCACCUACAGCUACAAAUGUUGCUUCAAAAACGAUCCCAGUUAAGUCUCCCAAUUUAUCUGAGAUAAAAUUCAACAGCUACAAUAAUGCUGGUAUGCCACCUUUUCCUAUUAUCAUUCAUGACGAGCCCACUUAUGCCAAGAGUUCCAAAAACGCUAUUAAAGUUCCUAUUGUCAUCAAUCCAAAUGCAUAUGAUAACCUGGCUAUCUAUAAAAGUUUUCUAGGGACUAGUGGAGAGCUUUCCCUCAAAGAUAAAACUACCAGUGUAAUAAGCCACACAUAUGAAGAAAUAGAAACAGAAAGUGAAGGGACUGAAGCCCUAGGAAGUAAACCCACUGAACUUUCCCAAGGAAAGGGGGCAACUAACAGCUCCGAGUGCAGGCUAGGUUCUGUGGCUCAAAAGGUCCAAGAGUUUAAUAGCUGUCUCGGUAAGAGUCAGAUAUCACCGCAGAGAAGUCACAGUUCUGACCACAGCUCCCCACCAAGGGUUCAAAAGACAACACAAGAGCCUGCAGCAAAAAUAGACCUAACACCAGAGACUUCUGUUGGCAGCAGCAGCAGAGAGAAUGCAAGCACGGUGCUUUCACAGAUUGUGGCUUCUAUCCAGCCUCCGCAGUCUCCUCCAGAAACGCCUCAGUCUGGACCCAAGUCUUGCAGCAUAGAAGAGCUGUAUUCCUUACCCCCCGAUGCAGAUGCUACUAAAACCACCCUGGUACGACCCAAAUCUCUGUUUACAUCACAGUCUGAAAUGGAGUCAUCCAAGAUGGUGGAAAACACUGCCAUUAAAAUGCAGAAAGAAGCACUUUCGCAGCCAGUUGCCACCCCCUCUCCAAAGCCGGUGAGAGCCACCCCAAAUACCACAAGCCCCAAAACAGAGCAAGCACCACCAUUUCCUCCUCCACGAUCUACUUCUUCACCCUAUCAUGCAAGUAACUUGUUGCAAAGACAUUUCAGCAAUUGGGCCAAACCAAACAGUCCCACCAGGUCUACAGAGGCUGAAUCCAUCCUUCAUUCAGAAGGUCGGCGAGCCGCCGAUGCCAAACCCAAACGCUGGAUAUCAUUUAAAAGCUUCUUCCGCCGCAGGAAAACAGAUGAUGAGGAAGACAAAGAGAAAGAAAGAGAGAAAGGAAAAUUGGUUGGGCUUGAUGGAACCGUUAUACAUAUGCUCCCCCCUCCUCCAGUUCAACGUCAUCACUGGUUCAGUGAGGCCAAGUCAGACUCUAGCGAGAAGCCAUCGAUUGUUUUCAUGUAUAGAUGUGAACCGGCGCAAGCUGAACCAAAGGCUGAGCAGCAAAACAAGGGUGGAGCAGAGUCUGCUAUUGCAGAGGCACUAGCAAAAGACAAAGGAGAAACACAGGAAACGUCUGCAGAGAGCUCUGAACAGCAAACAGCCAGCCAUUCAUCACCACCUCAGACUGAGAAGAAAAUCCCCAGCACAUCAGAACACUGUGGAAUCAAUGGCUCGCCAGAGUUUCAAGACAUGAUUAAAAGACUCAAGAAGGCCCUGAAAGAAUUUCCUUUAAUGGGGAAUUGUGUGAGUGAGUACAGUGGUCAAGUGCCUGAUGACACGACACUGGAGGAUUUGUCCCCUCAUGUCCCUAGAGCUGUAUUUGUGAAGCAGGACAAUGGCGGCAGUGCCUCCGUCAUACCAGUGUCAUCUGUCCGUGUCCCACAGGGGGAGGAAGAAAAGGAAGAAGCUUCCAGUUCUCCUGACUUAAAUCCUUGCAGUGCUACAUACAGCAAUUUAGGACAGUCCAGGGCAGCCAUGAUACCUCCAAAACAGCCGAGGCAACCAAAGGGAGCUUUGGAUGAUGCCAUUGCCUUUGGGGGACUAGUAGACCAGGCGACAAUGAACAGCUUGCAGCCAACACCACCUCCACUGCCAAAGAAAACAAUUCUGAGAGCCAACACAGAGCCGACUCCCAGAGAUCUCCAGAAGCAGGCUCUGGAGAACAGCCUGUGCAUCAUGGCAAAUCCCACCUAUGACAUCGACACCAACUGGGAAGCAAGCAGCGCCUGCUCUUCAGUCAGCCUGGAGCUCAAGAUACUGGACAAUGAGUCAGGAGAUUCCUUGGACAGGCCUACAGAAAAAGUAAGGACAAACACCUCAGCAACUAACAGUGUUUCCAGCCUAACCACUAUCAGUAUUAAGGACCGGUGUUCCAAUAGCAUGGAGUCUCUCAUGGGGCGACACGUCUCGCAGACUAAGCAGGGCAAAGGUGUCCAGAAGCCACAGAGGCAAGCACUUUAUCGGGGAAUUGAAAACCGAGAAGAGGUGGUGGGGAAAAUCCGAAGCCUCCACGCUGAUUCACUGAAGAAGCUGGCGCUUAAAUGUGAAGAUUUGUUCAUGGCUGGACAAAAAGAUCAGCUGCGCUUCGGGGUGGACAGUUGGUCGGAUUUCAGGCUGACCAGUGACAAGCCAUGCUGCGAGGCAGGCGAUGCAGUUUACUACCCAGCUUCUUAUGCGAAAGAUCCUCUCAACAACUACGCAGUCAAGAUCUGUAAGAGCAAAGCUAAGGAAUCCCAGCAGUAUUAUCACAGCCUCUCUAUCCGGCAGAGUCUGGCAAUCAACUUCAACAUCCAGCAGGACUGUGGCCAUUUCCUUGCGGAAGUGCCAGUUCGCCUCCUUCCAUGGGAGGAUGCUGAUGCACCAGAGGUGGAAGAAGAGGAGCAGGAAGAAGAGGAGAAAGAGCCUGAGCAAAAGAACAGAGACACUCCUUCCAACACAGAGGCUACACAGAAAGACAGCUCAAGCAACCAAGGGACCAUCAGCAAGCCACGCAGCCGUGUUGUGGUCAUCACGCGGGAAGUCCCUUACUUAACUGUGGCUGAUUUUGUGCGAGAAUCCGCACCUCGCCAUGCCAAAAGCCCAGAUUUGUAUGAAAGGCAGGUCUGUCUACUCCUGUUACAGCUCUGUUUGGGCCUGGAGCACCUGAAACCCUAUCAUAUCACACACUGUGAUCUACGGUUGGAGAACCUGUUGCUGGUUCAUUCCAGACCAAGAGGCAGUCCUCUGAACUCUGAAUCCACGGAACCCAGUCCAAACACUGCUUGCCCAGCCAGAUUAAUAGUGAGCAAUUUCUCCCAGGCCAAGCAGAAGAGUCAUAUGGUGGAUCCUGAGGUCCUUCGGGAUCAGUCUCGCCUGGCUCCAGAAAUCAUCACUGCAACACAGUACAAAAAGUGUGAUGAGUUCCAGACUGGCAUCCUCAUCUAUGAAAUGCUGCACUUACCCAAUCCCUUUGAUGAGAAUCCAGAGCUGAAGGAGAAGGAAUAUACUCGUGCUGAUCUCCCCAAGAUUCCUUGUCGUUCCCUCUACUCUCAAGGGCUUCAACAACUUGCCAGCUGCCUGCUGAAUCCAAACCCUUCAGAGAGAAUCCUGAUAUCAGAAGCCAAGGGAAUCCUGCAGUGUUUGCUUUGGGGUCCACGUGAGGACUUGUUCCACGCUCUAAGUACAUCUUCCGACCCCUCACGGAGAGAUGCUGUACUGCAGAACUGGCUGGAUAUUAAAAGGACACUGCUGAUGAUCAAGUUUGCAGAGAAGUCCUUGGACAGGGACUGUGGAGUUAUUCUGGAAGACUGGCUUUGUUGUCAAUAUCUUGCUUUUGCCACUAUAGACUCACUUCAUCGCAUUGUGAGAAUCAUGCAGCAGCACUAGUUUGUAGAGCCCAUUGCUUUUAAUGAAGCACACCCCACAUCCACCCCAGUCCCCACUUCAGCCUCCCUUGGGGCUCACACUUUGUACAAGUGUUAAAAAAUAGCCUAAGUGUCAAAGCCAGCAACUCUGAGCAAAUAUGUUCUAAUUGGAGAAACUGCAUCUUAUACCCAAUAUGACAGAAACUUUACUUUUUUGCUGGGCCUGUUAGGGAUUGAUUAAUACAUGGCUGCAUUUGGAUCAGACAGGAUGUGACUUGAUUAACAUCUGGCUGAAAAGGAGAGCAAACUUCAAUACCACUAUUUCUACCACUGCAGUAAACAAAUUGCCCUCCUCUUCUGGGUAGUUUCUGUCAUUUCCUUAUGUAGCAUUGAUUAGUGAAUAGCAGUGACCAUAAGCAGAGAUGGGUUAGGUUGCAAAUGUGAUAUGAGUGGUCCACCAUGCCACAGAACACUCAGAUGCUUCCUUUCCACUUACCACACAAAAUUUUCUCUCAGCUUAGUUCUUCAGAAGCAGGCCGGACUCCCCUUUCUUUUGGUCUCAACCAAACAGUCUGACUUUUCUCUCACACUUUAUGCUUUGGGAUUUUUUUCCCCCCACAGAUGUGGUUAUCCUACUGACUGCAGCAAGGUCAGUGGGCAGUAAGCAUCUGUGGUUAGUCCUUUUCCCUCCUCCACUGCCUCAGACUCACUACCUGCCUAUAUCCCUUCUAACUACAGAUGUGGGAUUUCAAUAAUGCUGCCUUAAUCAGACCAUUACCCCAAACUUAAGACCUCUGCAUUAAAAAGCAGAAUCCUCACACUUUGUCCAGCCCAUUUCCCAGUCUGGACUGAUGAUGUACUGUAGCUAUAACCACAUUUAUACAAGAAUAUUACAAGAUGUGGUGGGUAAUUGAAAUGCCCCUUCCAUCACAAAGGGCACUAAAUGACUUGAAAUGGAUAGGACACGUAUAACCUUCUCUGACAAUCACUGCUAUGAAUCAGGGAUGAAAAUAACAGCCACCUCUUCUGUUUUAUUUUGGUCUUCUCUUGUCAUGUGCUAUAUUGCAAAGCAGGACUGAAAUUGGCUCUGCUGGUGUGUUGGCAGGAGAUAGAAGUGUUCAGAGCUUGUCUGUGUGUAGGUAACAGGCCACAUGGAGACACUUUUACUGAAGACAUGGUUCUCUGAAGGUUAAAAACAAGGGGGGCAAAAACACUGUUGAUUAAUUAUUGAGGGAGCUGUUAAGUUUGGCAGCCACAACUAACAGUAUUGUGAUCCAUUUUUCCCACAGCAGUGUUUGGCUACGCUCUCCUGUGUGUGUAAUUAGUGUUUUCUCAUGUUGCUGCAGACAACACCCUAAAAGUUGAAUGUUGCUCAAAGAGCAUUGCAGGCAGUUUUGGACUAGAGCAGGAAUUAGUGAGGAUUAAAAUGACAGAAUUUUUCAAAACUCAGCCUGAAGAAGCUUCUUCAGUCUUAGAGGCUGCUGUUGACUUCCUUCUCUGCCCUAACGGCCUCUUCCAGUGGAACCUCUGCAGUUGUGCAGAUGCUGUCGUUGCUCAGUAUUGCUAGGCUCUGCGUUGUUUCCUGGGUCACUCUGAAGAACUGAUCUGGAUGCAGGGGAAAAAGUGACACCAGAUACUCUGACCUGGGUGAUGGAAAGCAGAUAGCCCUAGUUAUGAGCCUGUGCUUCUCUCCUAUGGAUCUAUGUGCAAUUCUUGUAUGUAUUUUUUAAAGCUGUACGUUACAGUGUUCAAUUUACACACCAGCCUUUACGUGAUGAUAGACCUGCAGACCCUUCGUUACUUUCCUGGCACAUAAAUGCACAGAUAUCCACGUGUUCUUUUUAUGGAUUGAUGUUUCAUUUUAAUUGCUAAAACUGUGAGGAAUCAAUUCACUUCAGCCUUGAAACAAAUAGCCACUUUAUUCAGCAUAUGCAUGCUUGGACCAGAUACACGGAAACUGAACAAACAGUCAUGCAGGCUUGCAGUCAGCAAAACUAGCUCUGGAUCCACACCGUAGACUUGGAGGGGUUAACAUGUCUGCAUUAUUCUUCUCUGGCAUCUAUCAGAGCUAAGCUGCAUAGUGUGUGGAAGCCUACAUCGAUUGUGCAGUAGUAUAGACUGUCUUUGUGACCUUUCUAAAGAUUUUUUUUUUUAACUUCUGAUUAUUAUUCUUUUUGUUUGAUUCACCUGUAUCAGUGAAGGAUCAGGCAAGGCUAAGGAUAAUAUAUUUUAAUGUGAUCUCUAUUCUUUUUUUUUUCUUUCUCUUUUUGGCAAAAAGGUUAGAAUGGUGGCAUUGAUGCAGUAGAAGAGGACAAUGCAUUAAAAGCCCAAGUGCAAUGUAUGUAGUUGAGGUACUCCCACUAUGUCAGGAAAGAAAGUCUCUACACUGCUGCUAAGCAGCUCCUAGAAGAACCUUUACAAAGAACCACAAAACCGCUCAAUGCAGCCCUGCUUGAUCUGGACACAGGAGGGCAAUGCUCUCACACCUUAAAUACACUGAGCAUGACAAGUCACCCACAUGCUAUCUGCUAGCUAUUAGUCACAACGUGUUGAGCUACAAGUAGGGCUUCUUGUUCUCUGUGGUUUGGUUUUGUGUUCUGUAGUGCGCGUGUGCACGUAACUUCUCACCGAACUGAUAGAGGCUGUACGAGCAGUUCUUGGACCAUUUCCCAUUGCAGUGGGCUCAUUGCUUGAAGCCUAUAGGUGUUUCUGUGUUUAAGGAGACACACGCUCUCAGUGUCACUUCCAGUCAACAUGCAAAGCUGAAUCUUGAAUGUUUUACAACUGUGCGUGUUUAAUGCAGCUGGUCUCAAGCCUUUAUACCUCUUAGCAAUGUAACUUCAGUUUGCAUCUUUCGUGAAGAACCAAUACUCAUUUUAAAAGCUCUGCAGUAUAAUCAAGCAUGGAUAGAUGUUCACUACCAAUCUCUUUCUUGUGCAGCACUGGGUAAACCUUAGCAAUUUGUAAUGUUGUGUGUUGGGUUUUUUUCUUUAAAAAGAAAGAACGGUCGAAGUAGUUGAACACAAUCUGGCCCGAGCUCUUCCUUGGAAAGCUUGAGGCUGGACUUUGCAACUCUGCCCAUAACUGAUGAUUGUAACUCUUGUUUGUGGUAGUUCUCUAUCCUGGCAACAGAUUGUGCCACAUAAGUAUACAAGAAUGUAUGCAUUAAACUGAUUGUAAACUAAUCCUAAGAAUGCUACAGCAUAAUUGCUAAGCAAAAGGAAAAAAACCCGCUCUGUUUGUAACUGGGAUCCUGUGUAUGACAGGAACAACCCCCCUGGCUGUGCACAUUACAAUUUACUUGAAUAUGUGCACAGAUCUUGAAUUGUUUUUUUUAGCAAUGUUGCACUUUCAGUUGAGCUCAAAAAAUAGGAAGAGCUACAAAUCUAAGAUAACAGUAUUGACUGUAAAUAUAUAUUUUUCUAUUAAUAAAAGCUGUCAUUCAAAUAUUUUUAACAUGAACUCUAAAGAUUUUUCCAGUGGCAACUAAUGUCUGGAAAAAUCCAAUGCUUGUUUGAGGAAUUAUGAUGAGUGGUUUCUGAUCCUAUUAGAGCCAUUAAAACCUCUCUAAUAUUACAGAGAGAGCACAGUGAUUGGAUUCACAACGUUUAGUGCCUUGUCAAAAAAACUAAAAUGUAGCUGGUCAGUUGAUGGAAAUUUUAUCCUUUUCAUAAUAGCCCUAGAAACAAUACUGCUCAUAUGAAGAUGCAAAAGACUUCACAAAAUGAAAUGCUGUAU